AUGUGCGGUCAUCGUCUGAGUGCGGUCUGGGUGCCUUUGCUUGGGUUCGCCUUGGCUGCGCGUCAAAGUGCGGGGCUUCUGUCCCUCGACUGGGCAGAGGCUGCAGAAGCCAGGCCAUGCACACCGGUGGAAGUUCUGAGAGCCCUGGGCUGCUUCCGGUGGGUGCAGCCGAGCAGCCCCAUCACAGCUCUGUGGUACAUGUGCGAGCACCCGAGCCCCAGAAGUCUCAAGUUGCACAACAUCACAGCAAAGCCUGCCACAGCCGUAGCCGACCUUUGCUGCAGAUGCUUCGCGAAGUUUGCGCUGGUCCAACGCGCACUCGUUCAAGAGUCGGCUCGUGUCAAAACCAAGCUGCUUGUGGAGGAGGGGACACUGAGAAACCUUUCUGCGCAGCUUGCUUCGCCCCUGAUCUUCGGAAGUCCAGCCAGAUAUGACGAGGCGCGAGUUGCUUCCAAACAGUUCAAGAGCAUCUUCGGACACUUCUUACGAGAUGCCUGGUCUUUGUCGACCUCGCUGUUGGCUUUAGUGGAGGACAGCACUGACUAUGAUAUUCGCACACUUGAAGGUUUGGUCGCUGAUGCCCUAAUUCUUGCGCGCAUCAAUGCGGGUGAUCUGCGAGAGCUGCUGCUACAGACCGGAAACGUCUGUUUGCCCAACAUCUUCCAACGAAGUUGCACCGCCGACCACCUGGAAGUGUUCCACUUGUUUCCCCCCAUUGCUGGGCCUGAACCAAAGGAUCAUGCACUGGAUUUCCUAGGCAUUGCCACUAACAUCGCCGCGGUAUGUGACGAUCAGAUGCCAGCACUGCUGGCACCCACGAGGACUUUGGACUGCAUUUAUCGCCGAAUGGCGCUGCCGAGCACCCGGUUCUGGCCAUUCCUUGAUGAAGAAUACUUUGAGUGGAAGGACAUCUUGGAGACGGCACUUCGUGCAGCCCGGGAGGGCCGUAGCCUCCGCAUGGCCGAGGUUGGGUCUGGGCCGCACGCAAUCUGGGCAACUCGUGCGGCCAAGGCUUUUCUGCGUCAUGCAGGGCCCGAAGCAGGCUGCGAGCUGCUGUUGGUGGAGCCCUUCGACUUAGGAGAUGGCUCACAACUUAGUCAGCACGUUGCUCGCAACUUGCCGGAGGGCCGGUGCAAGUUGGUGGUCGAGACAGCUCCCAUCAACUCCGGCAAGCAGCUCGAGGCCAUUCUGGAGCCUGGUGACCCUUUUGACCUCGUCGACAUUGAUGCUCAGGGUGCAGAGCAUGCGAUGCUGGAGGGCAUGGCUUCCUGGCUUGCGGGCCUCCCAUACAUGCGAACAGUGGAUGAGGUCCGCAGCUGGGCCAAGGGAGCUGCCGCUUGGGGCCUUUGUGAACUGAUUGCUGAUGUGCAGAACUCUGGGUCCGUGUUCCAGGUCGCCUCUCUGUACAACUGCUUGCAGAUGCAGGAACCUGGUGACUCCCCGGAGGAUGGUGUAACUUGCUACGCUGAGACCACAACGCAGGGUUCAGUUUGCGCGAUAGCCUGCCCUGCUGCCACCGUUUUCCGGAAUUACUUCCUGAAUGGCGUUGGGCAGGGUCGCGGGCAGCAGUUGGACACGCUCACGCACAUUGGCGAUCUUGUUGGGAAUCGAAAAGAAGGCUACUGGGUUCUGAGGAAUGGCUUCAUGAUGCCCAGGCCUGGGGGAAAGCUGAUUGACCUCGGCGAGAGGCUUGCAGCUGAUCAAAUUCUCGCGGAUGACGUGGCCAGUCGAGUCCGAGUAGGGGUGCACUGGGACACGCAGGUUCUUCUGGACGACAUCUCGCACAACGUUUGUCAGGUGUGCUGCUCUGCGCCGGCUGUUGCACUUUCAAAGAUUGUGAAGGCACAGCACUGGGCGCCAUUUGCCGUUAGCUUGCUAACCGGCGCGUAUGAUGCCACGCUGGCAGUGGGUGCGACACUUGCUGCGAGGCGGCGGCAGCGCGUGAAGGUGUUUCUCACCGCAAUUGGAGCUGGAGCUCUAGGCAAUAGGCCUAGCUGGAUCUACCAGGCUCUUGACAGAGUCUUGGAAGCAUACAAAUCAGCUCCUUUAGACGUGUACUUGGUUCACUUCUCCCGGACAGACAAGUUUGAGAGGCUGCAGGGUAGCCGGCCGGAGCCAGUUCCGCGCAACCGAAGCUCGCUGGACGACCGGGUUGCUGCCAUGCAAAAGGAGGUUGGAGAGGCCAACAUGCUGCACAAGACGCAGCGCUAUCCCAUGAUGGGCUCGCCAACGGCUGCCCGUGACAACAUGAGCAUGAUGAUCGCCAAGGCCUUCGCAUACUUUGACUCCAAUGGUGAUGGUGUCAUCGACAUCGAUGAAUGCACCUACAUCUUGCGAAGCCUUGACCCGGCAUUCUUCACGCAGGAGAAAGUCCGGCAUCUCGCUGCCAAGGCCGAUGCGGACUGCGAUGGCUACAUUCACUAUGCUGAGUUCAUUGCCUGGAUCUUGGAUUCCGACUCUGUGAUGACCUCGAGAGUGUUGGCAGCCUCCUCCUUUGUUGCAGAGGGCAUGCCCGAUGGCAUUCUGCCGGAGUCACCACUCAAGCUCGCGUCGAGGAACCGACCAGCCACCACGGGUGAAACAUCGUUCUUUGAGCAGAAAACUACUUUGGGUGACUCCGGGUUUUCGGUGUCCGCCAAGCGCCGGACGCUUUCCACUUUCCAGGGCCAAUUGCGAAUCGCACGGUCAGGAAAGGGGGCAUGCCUUGCCAACGGGCUUGCCAUGUUUGUUGACCUGCUGCUGAGCACAUGUUCAGCACGGGAAUGGCUGCAUGUGAAUUCGCUUUGGAGCAAGACGGUGGAGGCGGGUUGCGGAGCGACGUGUUGUCUCGGCAUCCAAUCCAAAGCAGACCUGUGCAGGCUAGUGGUCGUGGCCAGGCUCCUGCUGGAAGAUAUCGGAGUCUGGGAAACUCUGCCCCUGCACAAGCUCUUCGUCUUGCAGGAUCCACCGCCCACGUUCGCAGAGGAACGGGUCUGCGUCGUGUGGACUUGCCCAGGCAUGCUUCGGCGGGCUCGUGCUGCGCAAGGCAAGGUGAUCAAGCUGGCAAUCGACGGAAAGCAGAGCAUCCUGAACAAUGGGUGCACCGUCGUGACUGUUAGUUUUCUGGUCUGCAGCGAGCAGGUGCGGCAGACCAGAGAAAGUGGCGCCCGGGCAAACAGCCGCCCGAGCGCGCACACGCUGACCCAGGAACCGCUAGCACAAGCGCUGAUGAACACGGAGGCGGAACCCAACAUCUCGCAGCUCCUGCACACAGUGGUCAAUGUGACAGACAGAUUCUGCGGCCUUGACCUGGUCCACAAUGUCUGGCAAGUCCACAAAGACUAUGCCAAGGGCAUCGAGGCCUCCCGCCUCAAAGUGUUCCCUUGCGCUCGACCUUGUGAUGACUACCCUCAUAUGCGGCGAGCGUCGCAUAGCGUGCUCGCCAGCAUGCUCUCGCCGAAGGACGUUGCAGCGGAGGACGACGGCAGUCCCAGGUUGGAUAAGGCCUUCCCCUGCCUUGCGUUUGCGUGCGAGUGGCAUAGAGGUGUAGAGGUCAGGUUCAUGUUGCGAGACCGCGUCCUCUGCAGGCAGACAAAGCGAGCCGGGGCCCGGUCUCUCCAGCUGCUGGAGAAAGCGAUAAAGCUCAGUCGCUUCUUGCCGACUGUUAUUCUCUUUGAUGCGGUGUGGCAGCUGACCUUUUCGUGGUUGGAGACUGUGAGCAAGAAAGCCACGACCUACUUGAAGCAGACGUACUUUCACAAGGUGCCAGCCUCGAGCCUUCGCAAGCAGAUGCACGUAGGGCAACCAGUUUGGAAGUCCGAGGAGGCCAGUUGCUGGUUCGCCGGCUUUUGGGCAGGCGUAACUGGCACAUACCCAGGAAGCGGGUCCGGGACGCAAUCUUUGGAAAGCUUCCACUCGUGCUGGCAGGCGCAGGUCUCGUCCAGGGUGAGGACAGCUCCGACCGACAUAUUCCAGGCAAUGGAAGACUUGUACGAGACCGACUGGUGCAAGAAAUUCAGCUGGGAGGAGGCUCGAAGCUUCCUGACGUGGCCGGACCGUCCCGCACUGGAUCUAUUAAACAGCAGCAUGCUGCGCACUGCGGGGCGGUCACCUGCGGCCAACUUCUGGGACCAGCGCGCAAAGAAGCUGACGGGUCUGCGCAAUUAUUUCCAGAUCUGGCGACGCGCGGACAAAGCAUCUGCCAAAACGCAGAGCCCGGACGGCGUCACUACCUUCUGGAUAAUGCGGUGCAAACGUCACCAGGGGCAGAUGCCUGCUGAUGCCAGCAUUAGCCAAUCCACGGCCGAGACCGUCGCAAACCUGCUGUCCCUCGAGGGGCCAGAUCUUGAGCGGUUGCUCGCCAGGUGCGGCAUAGCAGAGGGAGACGCAGACUCAGACAAGCAGCGCCUCAAUGCGGAUGCGGCGCUUGAGCCGCGGUCGAGCAGGCCUCCCUCUUUCUGGUGCUCCCGCUCCCUGCGCCUGAGCCCGCGGACGAGCAGGCUUCGUGUGCUGGUGCUCGCGCUCCUGCGCCUGAGUCCCCAGUCCAGGCCCCUGCGCAAGGAGCCCAAUGAGUGCCAAUGGCAGACCCUUGACCAUCACGGUCGAGAUGCCUUCUUUUGGCUGGUCUGCAGCCUCCCGGAUGACAGGACCUGCCCCUUCCAGCGCUGUGCAAACAAGAUGCCGUCGGCACUCCUGUCGUCGGCGCAGAAAGAUAUCAUUGGCUCGCAGGCAAGAGACUACACUGCCUUGGUCCGCCAGGUGAAAGAUAUCUUGCCACAGUUCAGCGACGACCAGGUGUGCGAUGCCCUCGUGCAAUGCAACGAGGACAUAAGCCAAACAGUGGAGCUGCUCAUGAGUCAGCAGCCCACUUCAAAGCAGUCAAAGAAGAAAGAAAAGCACAAAAAUCGAGAGGCCCGAGCACAGCCCGAGGCUGAAAGAACAGAGGCCACCUUCGAGGCUGCUGCGCAAGACGACAAGCAGUACGCGGAUGAGGCCGUCAACGAGCCCAGAGAAGAUAGGCCAAAGACUGCCGCAGAGAAAGAGGCAGCCAAGCUAAGAAAGAAGCUCCGAGAAAUAGAGCGCAUCGAGGACAAGGUUGCAAGAGGCGAGAAGGUCGAUCCCUUGCAGCUGCCGAAGCUUGACAAGAAGAGGGAGACCGAAGCAGAACUCCGGGCAGCAGAGCAAAAAAUCCUUCAAGAGGAGGAGGAGCGGAGAUACCAGGAAGAGCAGCUCAGAAAACAGGAGGAGUUGGAGCGCGAGGCGGAAGCGGAGCGGCGGCGGCAGCAGGAUGCCUACGCACGGCAGGCUGCGGCCCGAGUUCUGCCGGAACCACUGCGGCAUCCGUCGUGGUUAGUGUCCGGGGAGUCCGAGAUUUCUCAGCCAGCAGCAAUGCCCGAGGCUUCACAUGAUCCGCAUCAGCACAUGCGGAACGAGCUCCUGAACAUGCUGCACAAACCUCAGGAAAGCAAAGGGAUGUUCACGCAGUCGGAGCAGACAGCCAGCCACCUUGGUGGAGGCUCCUACACACGUGGCCCGCAGCAGACGAACGGAGAAGACUAUCGCCACAGCUACCGGUCAGAGCAGCAGGCAUACCAGCGACCGUACAGCCAGCAGCAGUACGGCAGCUAUGACCAAUACGGGCAGCAGUACGGCAGCCAGCACUAUGGCAAUCAGCAGUAUGGCCACCAGCAGUCCAGGCAUCACGACUGGAAGCAUGAAGAUUGGCGGCAGCGCGGCUCUUGGAACAAGGAGGUGCCGCAGGAGAAGCCUCGACCAGAGCUUCCAGAAGAUGAAGCGCCAAAAGCAGACUGGGCCAACAUGUACUCCACGCAGUUGGAUAUUUCCAGCAUUCCGGCAGACAAGCGUGCGGAAGCCGAAAGGAUUGCCAAGGAGAUCGAGCAGAACUCCGGCGGAGGUGAUGGCUGGGAGCGCCCAGACGGAGGCCAAGGUAGCCGGGCCAACGGUAAGGGCGACUACAGCGGAAAAAAUGGAAAGGGCUACGGCUACGGUAAAAGCAAGGGAAAGAAAGGAGGCAAAGGCGGCAAAGGAAAGUCUCCGCACUGGAGCAAAGAUGGGCCUGGCAGAUCUGAAUGGCAGCCCAAGCACGAGGACUGGCAGCCCAAGGCGGAUGAGUGGCAGGCCAGCAAAGCAGAUUGGGGCCCGCCUGGCUUGUAG